AUGGAUGAGACAGGCCAACGCAAUGCACCGGUUAUGAUCCACAGGGCUAUGCUGGGUUCUCUGGAAAGGAUGUUUGCGCUCUUCGCCGAACACACAGCCGGGAAGUGGCCAAUGUGGGUGUCCCCACGGCAGGUACUUGUAGUGCCCGUUACAAAUACACAAACACUUAACACUUACGCCCACGACAUAGCUCAGCGACUCAAGAGAGCGGGUUUGUACUCACACGCGGAUAUCAGCCACGAGACACUCAGCAAAAAGAUACAGAAGCACCACACGAUGCAGUAUAAUUAUAUUUGUGUGGUGGGUGAAAAUGAGAUGGCAGCGGACAGCGUCAGUGUGCGCGAAAGGGGGACGUACAAGGGCUAUGAGCAGCCGUUCACGGAAUUCCUAGACAGGGCGCUGAAAGAGGCCCAAUUACCGUCUACUACAAUAAAUUAG